CAACAAAACGCAGAGUGAGCACAAAUUCCAUUGAACUUCUCUCUCUCUCUCUCUCUCUUAGGGUUUUGAACUCUUGCACAAAUCAUGCAAUUGACACUCGAAUUCGGUGGGGGAUUAGAGCUUCUUUGUGAGUCUGUAAAGGUCCAUAAUGUCAAUGUUGAUCUACAAAAUGGUGCAGAGAAGUUAAACAUGAAGGAUUUGCUCUGUUGGGUCCGAACCAAUUUGAUCAAGGAGAGGCCCGAAAUGUUCAUGAAAGGAGAUUCUGUGAGACCUGGUGUUCUGGUCCUUGUGAAUGAUUGUGAUUGGGAGCUAAGUGGGCAGCUUGAUACAACCCUAGAAGAGAAGGAUGUGGUGGUCUUCAUUUCAACCUUGCAUGGUGGAUAGUAUCUAGAUGACUGUGUUGUGUACUACAUGAUAAUGCAAUUGUUAUUAUGAGAUUCUUAGAGUUUUGGCAGCCUAGCCUUUUUUCUGUACUUUGUUUCUAUACAUUAUUGAAGCAUUCAGGAAAGUGAUGAAUGUUUCUGUUGUUUUCUUAUGUCAGUGUUUAAAUUCUACUUUUGGCUU